UUGGUAUAUAUACGAAUAACGAAAAUUUAUUUUACAUUUGAACUUCCAUAUUUAAUGUUAGGUUUCAAACAAAACGUAACGUUACUUUAGUUUGAAAGAACUAAAACGGAUAUUGCUAAUCGACGCGACAUGCUUGACAGCUAACUAGCGUUAGCAAAAUUGUAGGCUAACGUUACCUUAAAACGAUUUCGCCACUAAACAGCGAGUAUAUCCCCAAACUUAAAAUGCAGAAUCACUGCGCUGCGCCAAACUGUACAAGUGGGAAAUGCGGCCCUCAACCCCUCUUCAGGUUCCCACAGGACCCAGCAAGGUCUAAGAAAUGGGUUGAAAAAUGCCAGAAGCAAGACCUCCUUGACAAGUCACCAGGGCAGUUGUACAGAUUCUACAGACUCUGUGGGAAACAUUUUGAAACAUCUUUGGUUGAUAGUGGUGCAGUGUUGAAAGAUGAUGCCAUACCAACUAUCUUUGAUGGACUGAACCAACCUCAGAAUGGUCAGGUGAAGCGUGGCAAAGAGACGCUGCAGACCAAAGACGAUGAAAAGGACAACAAGGAGAGAAAAAAAAUGAAAACGUCUCCAGCAGACAGCACAAACACGGAUGUCCACACACUCCCUGAAGAAGAGCAAUACAAAGAGUAUCUGAAGUCAUUAUUUGAAGUGCUCGCACUGCUCGGAGAGCAAAGCAUUGCUCCGACAGGGCCCGGUAAUGACAAACCGGAUGGGCUUGUGUUAAGCAACUUUCAGGCCUUGUUGGAAUAUCGCAUGAAUUGUGGAGAUGAAGCUGUCAAGAAGAGGCACGAUGUGAACAAGGAGUGCUUCUCUCCAGCUCUGCUGAACCAGCUGAUUGACGUGUGCGAGAAAUGCAUCCGCAGUAAGCUGGUGGAGGAGGUUAAACAAAAUGGCUAUUUCUCCUUACUUACUGAUGACUUGGUAAAGAUCUCAGGGGAGUGGUACCUCCCCUUCUUCCUCCGUUAUGUGGACCAGUCCAACUGCCAGCAAGAGAGGUUUGUUGGAUUCCUGUCCUUUGAAGGGGACGGAGAUGCCUUGGCAGAGACGCUGCUGUCCAAAAUUACUGAAAAAUGGGGCUUGGACAUGGAGCAGUGUCGUGGCCAAGCCCACUCCUGCUCUGCAACGCAUUUUGGUAAAAUCAAAACAUUUGCGGCCAAACUGACAGAGAGGUUUCCUACGGCACUGCUAACUCAAAGAUCGACCCGUACAUUGAACCUGUCACUGGCAAAUGGGAUGGCUUUGUCAGGGGUUCAGCUUGUCUUGUCCACCUUGAAGAAGAUCGAGUCUUUCUUCGGUCAGUCCCCGCUGCUGGUGGAAGAGAUGGAGCACGCCAUUUCAAUUUUCUACCCGGACAAAGAGGAGAAGGCCAAGGAACUGAAGGAGAUCUGUGGAACCAGCUUGUCCGGACGACAUGAUGCGUUUGAGGUGAUGGUGGAAAUCCUGGAGGCGUUGCUACUCUGCGUGGACAGCGUUCACGACAAUGAGGACAUGCGGUGGAACGACCGGAUCACACACAACGCCCUAGAGAUUUCAAAAGCACUGGCUGAUUUUGAAUUCAUCAUGGCGCUGGUUGUGCUGAAAAACACCCUGUCACUAACCCACGCCUUUGGGAAGAACAUGCAAGGGCAAGCAGCCGAUGUACAGUUUGCUACAACCAGUUUAAUAGCAGUAUUGCACACGCUGAAGGAAGUGUCCGACAAUAUUGACGUGUAUCACGAGUUCUGGAACGACGAGGCCGUCAACUUGGCCACUGCCAUGGAGGUCCCAGUUAAGGUUCCUCGGUCGUUCCUGAGAAAGCACCAGUUAGAAUCUGGAGCCAUACGGCCGGAGAGUUACUACAAGGAACACCUGUCCGUCCCCGUGGUCGAACACGUCAUCAGAGAAAUAACUGAAAUCUUCUCCGAGGACCACCUGAAUAUUCUUAGGGGUCUGUCACUGGUCCCCGCUCUCAUAGAAAAGCGAAAGUCUAUGAAACCUGAGGAAGAGAGCAUCCAAAUCUUUCAAAAGGACAUCCCCAAUGCAGGAACCCUCUCCGCUGAGAUGCACUGCUGGUGGGUUAAAUGGAGCAAAAAGGGCAAAGGCGAGACCUUCCCGUCCAACCUGCACGAGACGCUGCAGCUGCCCGAUGUGAAGUUCUUUCCGAACAUGCUCGCAAUCCUGAGGCUAAUCGGGGUCCUGCCAACCUUAGCCCUAGCGGACGGCUGCGAUGUGGCAUGCAAGCGUUUCAAGAUGUACAUGGAGAACACUCCAGACCAAUUCAGAUCAAAGAGUCUCGCUCUUUUAAACGUGAACUAUGAUGUUGGGUGCGACGUGGACUCAAUGGUAGAUGUCUACAUGAAGACAUACUCCGACAGUGAGGACGCCUCUUGUGAUAUGUGAUAUGGUUGCUAAACCUCCACACAGGUUACUGUUUGUGGAUUAUCUAGCCCUAAUACUAAAUUCGCAUUUGAUGUGGGCCGUUUUGGUUUUCCCAAUAAAAUGUACUAUGUAAAUGAAGAAGAAUGGCUUGCAGAGGGCUAUUGAUUGAAUGAUGAAUACUGAACAUCAAGUUAUUUUUCUCUGCUUUUCUCUGGUCAUGUUUUUAUGUUGUGAUUUGGGGAAUGUUGUAUUGAUAGUGAGUUAGAGUUAAGGAAAAAGUAGGAGGUUUUUCUGCUUAAUGAAAUGUGCGAUGACCAAUCAGCUGCAGCUAAAACAAUUGUAUCAAUUAUACUCUAUGAACUUACUUAUUUUGUAUAUUAAAGCCAUUUAAGGUGCAGCUGAGUCAUCUCUUG